CAACGCUGAAACAGCAGCUAGAAAACGUUCGAAGUCCAAAAGUUAAUAAAGAUGCACUCCUUUGCCAUUCUGAUUCUGAGCCUGGCCUCCGUGGGCCUGGCGACGCCAUUGAGUAACACCUAUCUGCCGCCGAAAGUGGGCGCCCAGAGUGGAUACAGUGCAGCGGCGUCCAGUUCCUCGGGAUCGUAUGCAGCUCCAGCGGCCACCUAUGCCCGCAGGUCCCACUCCGUGGCAGCUCCUUCCAGGCAGUACCUAGCUCCGGCUUCAUCGCAUGGUAGCUACAGCUCGGGUGGUUCCUCCUAUGCCGCUCCAUCUGUGUCCCAUGUCUCGUAUUCCGCACCAGCUGCAUCGGCAUCAGCAUCCCAUGUCUCGUACUCGGCGCCAGCUGCAGCCCACAGCUCAUAUGCCGCCCCAUCCGUAUCACAUGGAUCGUACUCCUCUGCUUCCCGCACCAGCUACUCAGCUCCCGUGGCUGCUCCAUCCAGGAAGUACCUGGCUCCAGCUGCAGUAUCCCACAGCAGUUACUCCGCACCCGUCGUUUCCCGCAAGAGCUAUUCCGCUCCAGCCGUGUCGCAUGGAUCGUACUCCUCCUCGGGAGGUUCCAGUGGCUCCUACUCAGCUCCAGUUGCAUCAUAUAGCUCCUAUUCCGCUCCAGCUGCCUCCCACACUAGCUAUUCCGCACCAGUGGCCGCUCCUUCCAGGCAAUAUCUCGCUCCGGCUGCCUCAUCCUACUCCGCCCCAGCGGUAUCAUCCUACUCCGCACCAGCGGUAUCAUCCUACUCCGCUCCAGCGGUCUCAUCCUACUCCGCGCCAGCGGUAUCCCACGGAUCAUCGUACUCCACCUCAUCGCUAUCCCAUGGAUCGUAUGCCGCUCCAUCGGUUUCCAGCAAGACCUAUGCCGCCCCAGCUGUCUCCCAUGGCAGCUACUCGGGUUCCAGCUCAGGAUCUGGCCACGGAUACGGAUCUGGCUCCAGCCAUGGAUCGGGAGUGCGUUCUGGCCACGGAUCUAGCUUCGGAUCUGGACACAAAUCGGGUUCCUACGCUGCCAAUGGUGGCUACGAGUACCGCCUAAAGCAUUGAGAGGAUCAUUUCGAAAAAAAAACGGAUUAUAUUGUAUGCAUUUUUUUUUUAUUUAAUCAAAAUAAAGUUGGGAAGGCAUGAAAUG